AUGUCGAAUUAUUACUCAUCGCAGCUCCAGGUGCACAACUGGAUGCUGGCGCAAAUGAACAACGGCAACACCGCCGCCAAUGGCUACCCGCCGCCGCCCCCGCCGCCGCAGCAGCAGCAACAGCAGCAGCAGGACCAGCACUACGGCAACGCCCUCUACCCACCUCCCGGCGGCGCCCAGCAGCUGCUCGAACCGGCCCAGCAGGAGCAGCUGCAGUUCAGCAGUCUGAACCAGCCCAUCUAUCCCAAAGUCGAGGCGCUGCCCGGCACAGGCCACAACAGCCCCGCGAGCCAGCACAUCCAGAGUCUCGCGCACGAGCUCCAGCACCAUUCGGGGCCCGACGACCAGUCACGACACUAUAUGCCACAUGUCUCGCACCAGCUGCAGCAGCCCACGCCGGUGACGAGCCACCCGACGAGUGCAGCCGGCCUGUCACUUCCCCCAACGCAGACGAACACUCCAGAGCAGCCACAGAAGACGAACCGAUUACGGAAAGCAUGCGAUUCGUGCUCCAUUCGCAAAGUUAAGUGCGACGAGACGGGUCCCCCCUGCCGAGCUUGUGCUGCACUCGACAUCCCAUGCACAUUCGACCGACCGAGCCGGCGACGAGGUCCUCCCAAUCGCCAUGCUGAGGCCAUCAAGAGGAGGCGGCUCGAAGAGCAAGCCAAUGCAAGCACGCCGGGCUCAGGAAUUUCAUCGCCAGCUUCGCCCACGAACGCCGCGCACGCUCUGGUCGGGCUCUCAUCAUCGCCGCUGUCAGCAGAGUCGAUUUGUCCCGUGGAGACGCUGGAUCUGCUCAUCGACGACUUCUUCACCUACAUCCACCCGCUGUGUCCAUUCCCUCACGAGCCCAGUUUCCGCGAGGCAUGGAAGCGCAGAGAAGAUCUUACGAACAAGUCCUUCUUGGCACUGCUUGCGUCCAUGAUUGGCGCAUUGGUCGCGUCGUUUCCGCGAAAACCACGAUUGCACCUGAAAGCUCAGAAGCGCGAGAAUAUGUUUCCCAACCACAUGAGUCUGGUGCAACGAUGCCAAAAAGUGUGCGCUGCGGCGCGUGGACCUGGAUAUCUGGAGAGCGACAAUUUGAAUGUGUACGAUGCUGCCACCAGCUACUUCCUGGCGUUGACGGGAGUCUACACGUUCAGAUGGCGUCUGGGUCGGCUAUACUUCGGCGAAUGCUUGACCAUCCUCCGGACCCUUGGCUUGCACAAGGCAAAGGCCCAAAGCUACGCACAGCUGGGCUCGCUCCCAGCGGCCAUGGGCAGUCGCACAAAUGGCAUCGAUCACGGCAGCGAAAAGAGCGUCGACAACAUCACACUGGAGAUGGGUCGCCGCAUUUUCUGGACUAUGUUCGUCAGUGUCAAGUCAAUGGAGCAGCUGGGCGCCAGCUUCGGCGAACUGGUCAUCCCUCCUCCAACCCACACUGAACCAUAUCCUCCAUUGCCAGCCGAGGUAGACGACUUCUGCAUCUACCCAACACACACGGAGCAACAGCCAGCGGGCUUGAUUCCGUCGAUCGCUGGCUUCAAUGCCAACGUCCGCGUGUACUGUUCCUACAACGCCGUAGCCACCAUGGAAAUGGCAUGGGGCAUUGACGCCAUCGUCGACUGGGAUCGACAGAAACGUGUCUUAUACGAAUCUCUGCGUCGCUGCAAAGAAUCGAUGAGCAACCUUCCCUCGGAGCUUACUGUCCGGACGGAUGUCGGCACGCCGAGCCAGCAGAACGGAGGCUUCUACCCAGCCUUCGCCGCACAGCCUCAGCUUGGUCGGGAUCCAGCCCAGUCACUGAUGAGCCCCUCAUCCCGAACGAUGACCGAGCAGACCGCGGAAGAGCGACGCCGCACUCAACAUGAGAUCCAGAAGGCCAACAUCUACGCGUCCAGCUUAGCGACCAGGUCCUACUUGGUGGAGAAAUACUGGAACCUCUGCGAAGCACAUCAGCGAUCCCGACAAUCGCCCCACUCCCUGCCGAGCUCACCUGGUGCGGGCAUCACCGCUGCCGGCAUCGACAACAUGGUGCCCCAAGUGCCAACCAGUCACUACGACAUGAUUGAACACGAGAUGCACGAUGAGCGUGAGAGCAUCGUGAAGGACCUCCUCACCGUCCUUGGCAGUAUUGAUCAGGUCAACAUGGAGCCAAACGCCGACUCAUUUACAAUGAAGAUCCGCUCAAUUGCCAGCACUCUUCUCGAAACGCCUGACCAGCGUAAAGGUCCUUUGGCCAUGCAAGCUCAAGAAUACUUGAGUGCAUUCCUAAAGAUUCUCAUGAAGCUGGAGCGUACCAGCCCCGCCAACAGCGAAGCUGAUGGCAGCAGCAACCCAGAUGACGAGGACACCGAACUCCGAACCUGGGCGGACCUGCGGGAGUACCAGCUUAAAUUCGCCCAACAGGGUGGACUACUUGGUUUGUCAUGA